AUGUCGACGGUGACCCGCGCCUACCUCGACCAAAGGCUCGACGCCGCCAACCGCUGCUCCAGAGAGGCCGCCAUGGCGGGAGCCAAGGCCGUGGCUGUCGCCACCGUCGCUGCUGCAGUCCCCACUCUGACGAGCGUGAGGAUGCUGCCGUGGGCGAAGGCCCACCUCAACCCGACCGGGCAGGCCCUCGUCAUCUCGACCGUCGCCGGGAUGGCCUACUUCAUCGUCGCCGACAAGACCAUCCUCUCCAUGGCCAGGAAGCACUCCUUCGAAGACGCGCCGGACCACCUCAAAAACACCUCCUUCCACUAG